AUGCGGACUUACUAUCUGGUUGCGCACCUCUUCCUGGCUAUCCAUAAUCAAGGCACCUCCGCAAAUCAUGUGAACACCACAGGUCCAUCACACUCUGUCGCAGCCGCUCCGACUAGUGACACUCUUAUCAAUACGACGCUAGUCAACGGCUCUAUGGGCUGGCUCUCCUUCGAUGUGAUCCAACCGACAGUACCCACAGAAUCGGUGAUUGCUCAAGACAAUCACUCUGUGCUUUCCGCAUCGGAGUUUGCAAAGGUUGAGUUGCAUCUCGGAGGCCUUCAUGGCUCUGGGGUGAUCGAGUUGACCAGCUCUCCCGCAGCGCUUACGACGGGCGAUCACGCAUCGGGAGUCGCCUCACCUCAAUGUACCCCAAGAAUACAGAGUAUAUCAGAAUCACUCUCUACGAGUAACCAAAGCAGUACCACUCGUUCCAAUAACGUCACAGGUCUGGCUGCGCUUCCUACGCCCACAAGUCUCUUCAACAACACCAACUUCAACAUUUCCCGUCUGUCAACAUUCGCAGCUCCUGCGCUGCAGAGCUUGUCCGGUGAGCUUGCAGGGAAAUCUCGUGCUAGCUCGUAUUGCUCCAUAGUAGCAGCCACAGCAUCUCUUUGCUUCAUAGUCUUCUCGUAG